AUACUUUUUUCUUUCAAAGAUACAGAUAAUAUACUGGUGGGGAUUGUCCUUUUUACACGGACACUACACUCAGUAAAGACCAGUAUAAACAAUAUUCCUCAUUUAUUGUCAGUCUGUCAACAGCUACAAGAGUUAAUACUUUGCUAUGGCUUCCAAAGUUACUAUCACGUUACCCAAUGGAAAAAAAAUGCCUGCAUUGGGUUUUGGUACAUGGCAGGCCAAAGAAAAUGUUUUAUCAGAAGCACUAGAGAAUGCUUUGGAAGCUGGAUACCGACAUAUUGAUACUGCGCCAGUUUAUGAAAAUGAACAUGUGAUUGGUAAAGUUUUAAACAAGUGGAUUAAAUCCGGAAAAGUUAAAAGAGAAGAGUUAUUUAUUGUUACAAAGUUACCACCAACGGGAAAUCGUCCAGGUGGUGUAGAAAAAUGGAUUAAAAAAUCACUUAAUGAUUUACAGUUAGAUUAUUUAGAUUUAUAUUUAAUUCAUACUCCAUUUACGUUUGAAGAAGUUGGUGAUGAUUUACAUCCAAAGGAUGAAAAUGGUAAAAUAAAAAUAGAUACUUGUACAGAUCAUACUGCUGUAUGGAAAGAAAUGGAACAACAAGUAUUAGCUGGUAGAACUAAAGCUAUUGGAUUAUCAAAUUUUAAUGUUAAACAGAUUGAAAAAAUUAUUUCUAUCUCUAAAGAACCAAUAGCUAAUUUGCAAAUUGAAUUGCAUGUUUAUUUUCAACAGAAUGAUAUGGUUGAAUUUUGCAAAAAAAAGGGUAUUACUGUAACAGCAUAUUCACCAUUAGGUACAAGAGGAUUAGUUAAUAUUCUUGGAAAGAAUGAAAAAAUUCCUAGUAUCAUGGAUAAUAGUGAAUUAAUUAAAAUUGCUAAUAAACAUAACAAAACAUCAGCACAAGUUGCAUUAAAAUAUACUUUACAAAGGGGUAUUGCUGCUAUACCAAAGAGUACUAAUAUUAAAAGAAUUCAAGAAAAUAUUGAUUUAUUCGACUUUGAAUUAGAUGCUGAUGAUAUAAAGAUAUUGAAUAAAUUAGAUCAAGGACCAUCUGCGAGAAUAUGUGACUUUGAUUUCUUCGAUGGAAUUAGAGAUCAUCCUGAGUAUCCGUUUUAAUUUUUUGCCAAUAAAUUAUAAGAGUGAAAGCAACGGGUACUUAAAAAUUUUUUAAUUAACAUAUUGAAUAUUAUUGGGAAUAAAAUUUGAUAAAUACAUACCGAAGACUUAAAAAUUCUUUGUGUGAAUAUUUAAAAACAAAAAUUGUUUUUAAAUAUUCUAUUUAUUUAUAAAAAUUAAAUAAUUGUCGGAUGUCUGGUUAUUUCAGUAUUAUUAAAAAAUUUAUUUGCAAUAAAGUGUAUAAACAUUCAUUUAUAAUUUGAUUAAUGUAAUAAAUAUUUAUACAUCAAUAAAACAUAUUUAAAUUAUAAAAAUUAUCUAGAGUUUUGGGGUUAACUUAGAAUAAGCAUUUAAAUUUUAAAUUAAAAAUGAUAAAUUAUCAUUAGUAUAGUAUAAAAAUUAAAUGAAACUGUCAUUCAGAGAAACUUGAAGGCCUAGACCUUUUUUUUUAUUUUCAUAAACUUAAAUAUUUACCGUUACUUUGACAU